AUGGAGUCGCACGCAGUGGACAUCGCCGCGCUGGUCUCCUUCAUCGUCAUCUUCACACUCGCCAUCCGCCACGCGUUCUCGCGGAACACGCUCCCGCCGGGCCCGAAGCCUGUCCCGCUCUUCGGGAACCUAUUUCAGCUCUCUCAGAAGCAGGAAUGGCUGCAGUUCACGAGCUGGGGCCAGAUAUACGGCGAUGUCGUGACCAUGCGUGUCUUCAACAAGCCUAUCAUUCUCCUCAAUUCUGCGCAGGCCAUCAUCGACCUCCUCGAGGCGCGCUCCGCCAUCUACUCGAGUCGGCCCCAUCUGACCAUGGCGUGCGAUUUGAUGGGCUGGGGCGAGACGGUCGUGCUCAUGCCCUACAACGAACGGUUCAAGAAUUACCGGCGGCUCCUCAAAGUCGGCCUCGGUACGCAAGUCACACGCGAGUACUGGCCUCUCAUGGAGAAGGAAAUCGCGCGCGAACUUGUGCGGCUGCUCGACAGCCCCGAUGCCUACGUGCAGCACUUCCGGCGAACAGCAGGAACGGUCGCGUUGAAGAUCGCGUAUGGAUACGAGAACGAGAACGAGGAGUUUUCGCAACUCUUGAAGGAUACGGAAGAUGCUGUGGCUAUGUUCGCGAUGGCCGCGCUGCCCGGCGUUUUCCUCGUCGACACCCUUCCCUUCCUGCGAUUCAUCCCACCAUGGUUCCCGGGCGCAGGCUUCAGGAAGUUGGGCAUACGCACGCAGCAGCUGGUCAAGGCAAUGGCCGACGCGCCCUUCGAUAUGGUCAAACGACAAGUGGAUGCGGGCGCGGCCCCAAAAUCGUUCACCUCGGACCUGUUGUACGAGCCCCCGGAAGAGCGUAGUAGAGACGAGGAUAUUAAGUGGGCCGCAACGGCGGUCUACUCCGGACAGUCCGAUACCGCGCGUACCCUCCCUUUCACCAUUGCAGCACUGUCGACCUUCAUACUCUGCAUGAUGCUCUUUCCAGAGGUACAACGAAAGGCACAGGCUGAGGUCGACGCGGUCAUUGGGGGCGACCGCCUCCCGCGCAUCGCGGACCGGGACGCACUGCCGUACGUCGGCGCGGUCCUCAAGGAGGUCCUUCGCUGGCGCCCCGUCGUGCCCCUGGGUACUCCCGCAGUCCCGCAUUGUGUGACGCAAGAUGACGUUUACCGGGACUGGCACAUCCCCGCCGGUACCUCGAUUAUUGGGAAUGUCUGGGCGGCGCUACACGACCCCGCGCGGUACCCAGACCCGGACGCCUUCCGGCCAGAGCGCUUCCUCCCGCCCGAGAACGCACCGGACAGCGCGGGCUUCGCAUUCGGGUUCGGGCGGCGCGUGUGCCCCGGCCAAGCUGUCGCGCAGGCGUCACUCUUCUGCACGCUGGCGUGCAUCCUGGCCGUCUUCGACAUCGCGAUGCCUGUGGACGCGAAUGGAGAGCCUGUGCGGCCGGAGAUGGUGUGGUCGUCAGGGGUGACAAGCCAUCCGGCGCCGUUCCAGGUGAAGAUCACUGCGCGUUCGAAGGCGGCGGCCGAGCUUGUCAAUAACGCAAGAGACGAGACGGUGUGA